UCACACUUGUAAACAACAUUGUGGCCGACACUCCCAAAAUCUCUGUGAAAAUGAAGUUCAUACUUUAUGUAUUGGCUUCCAUUUUGUUGUUUGGGUUGUCUGUUUUGUUAAGUCUAUACAGCAGCGCCAACGUGUAUGCUGCGACAGUAAUGAUUUCGCAAAGUCCGAUCCAUAUCACAAUUGGGCUUAAUGUGUGCUUGUGUCUGUUCUUUGCGAUUGCCAAUGUAUUAAAGGCACUCCUGUUUGGAUCCCUACAGACGUUUGAAUUAGAAUUGCUGUAUGAACAAUUUUGGAUAACACUAACAGAAGCCAUGCUUUCUGUUACCACCUUACUCGAUCCUAUUUCUAUUUCCUUUUUUUUGCUGUUGAGCACGCUCAUGUUUGCUCGAGUUUUUCAUUCAAUAUGCGCAUUUCGGACCGAAAGACAACAGGUGCAGCUGACAGAACGUCAAUUCCAUCUCUUUAAUCGACUCACAUGUGCUUUUCUCGUUUUGUCUCUUUUAGACAUCACUCUCGUUUAUUUGUGUAGCAGCACUGAUUACUUCGGCGAUAUGUCGACGCGAAUACUCUUUAUCUGUGAGUUUUCCGUAUUAUUCAUUAAUUUAACUGUGGAAGCCGUAAAGCUUGGGCUUUAUGUUUAUGAAACUCGUCAUCCAGAGCAGGUAUGGCAAGAAAAAAGCGUCUAUCUUUUUCGAUUAGAGGUCGUUCGAGAUUCUUUACGCCUUCUUGCUUACAGUACCCUCCUUGUUUUUCAACAUACCUAUGUGAGCUUCCCUGUUUAUGCAAUUCGACAACUGUAUAUUAGCUUCUAUUCGCUGUUCCGUCGCCUUCGUGAACAUGCCCGCUAUCGACAAGCAACCCGUGAUAUGGAAGUUAUGUAUCCCACCGCAACUGAAGAACAACUUUCCAAUUCUGAUCGUACGUGUACCAUUUGCAGAGAAGAAAUGUUCCAUCCCGAUUUUCCUCCUGAAAAUAUUGAAGAAAUGGAGCCUAUUCCUAGAGGUUUGGAUAUGACUCCCAAGCGUUUACCAUGUGGUCAUAUUCUGCAUCUUCACUGUCUUCGAAAUUGGCUACAAAGACAACAGACCUGCCCCAUUUGUCGAAGACCUGUUUUUGGAGAACAUGCACCUUCACCUGCAGCUAGUACCCCAAGUCCUUUACCAGUUCCUACUCCUACCGCUGCCGAAGGUACAAACCAGAACACACCACGAUCAUUUUCACCUAUGCCAGGCCCAGGGAACUCUGGCUUUCAAUCUACACCCACAAGAAUAUUGGGAACUCCCGUUACUUCUUUGGGUCAAACUCCAACUAUUCAUGGUAGAAUUCCUUUACCUAAUGGAUGGAGUAUGCUCCCUAUACCCGGUGUGCAUAGAUUUCCCGCUAAUGGCCCCACAAAUAGGGCUGGUGAUAUGACUGCUGAAGGACAGUUGACGGCGGAUCCAAACUUAUCCGGAAUAAUACCAUCUGGAUGGCGCUUGGUGUCUAGAAAUAACCAUCCGGUUGUUUCUCCUUUACAACAAGCAGUACCUGGUUUGGGAAUCUCUUCCGUACCGUUAUCAAAUGCAGACUUCCAAAUGCAAUCUCCCUUACAGGUCGCACCCAUCGAAAGGCAACAAUUUUCUUCGCCAGAAACAGACUCCAUUCAAAGCUUACAUCGAAAAAUAGAUGAAAUGCGUAGUAUGACCGAUCGCUUACAUUAUGACAUGCAAGAACUUCGUUCGUCAGUAAGAAAUCUUGGAGUACUGAUAAAUGAAAAUGCUGUUGCAAACGGAUUUAUGGAACUUGAUCAACAAAGUAGGAAUAAUCCCUUAUCUUAUUCUCGAGUAGGAGAACAAUUUAGUCAGCGGCCGGCUGUCUCGUCGAGUUCAACGCACGCAACACCGACUCAUAGAAACCCAAGAAAUGUACAAUUAGAAACACUAGAUGAAGAUUCAUGAAGUUUUGUGAUAAUGAAAAAUUGACGGAUUUAGAAAACUUGAAAUCUAAAUGUUUAUGUAAUCUUAAAUGAAUGAUCAAUAUACGCAGAAAUUUACCCAAUUUACUUCAUGACCGUUUAAAGUCAGAACAAAAUUACUAUUAGCAUAUUGAAGUUAUAAAAUAAAUAAAUCAUUAAAUUAGU